AUGCAGGAGCCAGACGUGCAGACGUGGAUGGCCUCCAUGGACCUGGAUGUGGCAGACGCCAGGAUGCUGGUUUUUAGUUUGGUAGACGCCGAUGGCGACGGGAAACUUGACGCUGAGGAGCUGGUUUCAGGAGUUUCACGACUCAUGGGCGACGCGCGAAACCUGGACAUGGUGAUACUCAUGCAAGAUCACAAGGAACUCAUGCGUGUGAUUAAGAAAGACGUCAUCCCGCAGCUCGACCUCGUCCUCGGGAGAUCCGCCGAGCGGAUGUCGACUGGUUCGCAGCUGGAGAAAUUGUGA